AUGGAGAAAGCGGCCGAGUUGCAGGCAGAGGGAGUGAAAGGUGUCGCCGAUGAUCACAGUGGUGCGGAGAAGGCGCACGUCGAGAAAGUCAGCCUCCAGAACAAUCUUACUGCACGAAUCCAAAACCCAUUGGCCGAAUUAACGAAAGAUGAACUCCUCCGUGACGUCGAAGAAUUUGCGCGUGAAAAUCAGCUGGAAUCUAUUCUUCCAGAGCUUCGGAAGGGAGCUCUGGUCGCUCGUGACCCGGCGGACUUUGAGGCGGUCCCCGAUUUGACCGAAGUUGAACUUGGGGCUAUUCGCGACGAGGUUCUUCAUAGAUGGCGUCAACCGGCUGCUCUAUAUUUUACAAUCAUUCUAUGUUCCGUUGGUGCAGCUGUGCAGGGGUGGGAUCAAACCGGAUCCAACGGUGCCAACUUAUCAUUCCCGGAUGCAUUCGGUAUCCCUGAAACAGAUUCACCCAAUGCUAGUCGGAACGAGUGGCUGGUCGGUGUCAUCAAUGCGGGCCCAUACCUUUCCAGUGCGUUCUUCAGUUGUUGGUUGUCGGACCCCUGCAACCGAUACCUCGGCCGUCGCGGCACGAUCUUCAUGGCCGCAGUCUUCUGUUUCCUCUCCCCAAUCGGUUCUGCGGUAACACAAAACUGGCCUCAGCUUUUCGUGACACGUCUUCUCCUCGGAAUUGGCAUGGGCUUGAAGGCCUCAACAAUCCCCAUUUUUUGCGCUGAAAAUGUGCCGGCUAAUAUCCGUGGUGGGUUGGUAAUGUGCUGGCAACUAUGGACUGCAUUUGGAAUCUUCCUCGGAUACAGCGCGAACCUGGCGGUCAUGAAGGUUGGAUCGAUUGCCUGGCGUCUGCAGUUUGGAUCAGCAUUCAUCCCCGCUGUGCCCCUUCUUGUCGGUGUUUACUUCUGCCCGGAGUCUCCUCGAUGGUAUAUUAAGAGGGGCUCGGCCGGGAAAGCCUAUCAAUCACUCUUACGCUUACGAAACACGCCCCUCCAAGCAGCAAGAGAUUUAUACUACAUUACAGCACAGAUCAAGAUCGAACAAGAGAUUAUUGGUCCCAGUAACUAUCUCACUCGAUUCGGCGAGCUCUUCACAAUUCCUCGCGUUCGCCGAGCGACACUAGCUUCUUUCACUGUCAUGAUUGCCCAGCAGAUGUGCGGUAUCAAUAUUGUCUCUUUCUAUUCUUCAACAAUCUUUUCCAAUGCCGGCGCCACCAACCAAGAAGCCCUGUUCGCAGCAUGGGGCACGGGACUGGUGAACUUUCUCUUUGCCUUCCCUGCUGUGUGGACUAUCGAUACAUGGGGUCGUAGAUCCCUGCUUUUGUUCACAUUUCCCCAAAUGGCCUGGACCCUGCUAGCAGCGGGAUUUUGCUUCAAGAUUCCCGAAAGUUCCAAUGCCCAUCUAGGCCUCAUCGCAUUUUUCAUCUACUUGUUUGAGGCCUUCUAUUCCCCUGGCGAAGGACCCGUCCCUUUCACAUAUUCAGCUGAGGUGUUCCCUCUCUCCCACCGUGAGGUUGGAAUGGCCUGGGCUGUUUCCAUUUGCUUGGGCUUCGCUGCCGUUCUAUCAAUUACCUUCCCCCGUAUGCUUCACGUAAUGGGUGCUACAGGAGCCUUUGGUUUCUAUGCGGGACUGAACGUCACCGCACUGGUCAUGAUAUUCUUAUGGGUUCCCGAGACGAAGCAACGGACCUUAGAGGAACUGGAUUAUAUCUUCGCUGUGCCUACUCGAGUGCACAUGCGCUACCAAGUCUUCAAAGUUCUUCCAUGGUGGUUCAGGAAGUAUAUCUUCCGUCAGAACGUGACGCUGGAGCCUCUAUACCACUUUGAUCAUAUUACUACAGAUGAAACAGCUGCAGAUGUUCGGAAGCGGAGUGUAGUUUCUGCUAACUUGAAGUCUGAGACUGGAUAA